CCCGCACGCCGCAACCAACACCCCCCCCCGACCGAUCCACAAAUCCCUCCCUCCCUCUCCAUUCCGCUCCCCUGAAAUCGAGGAGCGCGGGAGGACACCGCGAAGCGCGUCGGUUCCUAGGGUUUGCCGGUCGGGUUGGGGCUCCGACCCGUGUGGGCGGGAGGGCGGACAUGAGGAUUCGGGAGCUCCGUGAUGGGCUGGAGGUGGAGGCGAGUGGCGGCGGCGAGGUGGUCGCGGUUGUGCGGUUGAAGGCCAAGUGCGCGCUCGUCGGCGCCGGCGCGAGGUUCCUGUUGUACCCCACGUUGCUCUACAACGUCGUCCGCAACAGGUUCGAGCCCGAGUUCCGCUGGUGGGAUAGCGUCGACCAGUAUGUUUUGCUAGGUGCUGUUCUGUUCCCUAGCGAUGUUCCACGCCUGAAGCAACUUGGAGUUAGAGGAGUUGUCACACUGAAUGAACCCUAUGAAACUCUGGUUCCAACUUUUUAUACCAGGUGAAGAAAUCUACAAGUACAAAUCUGAAAAAACCUGGUGAUGUAACUUUUCAAGGGAGAAGUGAAGCUGCGAUGGAGAGAGGGGCAAGAACGGGCAAUGAAGUGUAGGCGCUGUUGAGCUGUGCUGCUGUUCUCAACCAAAUGCCGGAAAGGUGUUGUUGCUACUGGUGUUCUUGUGCCCAGGUGAAGAAAGCUACAAGUUCAAAUUUCAAAUUUUAAACAAUCUGGUGAUCUAACUUUUCAAUGUAAAAGUGAAGCUGCGAUGGAGAGGGGCAACAACGGGCUUCACUAGUGAAGCUGCGAUGGAGAGGGGCAACAACGGGCAGUGAAGCGUAGGUUUUAGUUGUUAUUGAAAAAAUUUAGAAAUAAUUGUAUGAUAUUGUCACUUUGUAUGUGUUUCUUUAUCAAGGCAAUUGUCUCGUUGACAGUACUUUAAUUAAUGUAUUUAUUGGUUCUUGAAUGAAUUACUUAGUUUUCUUU